GAACAACAAAGCACGAAAGACGGAGCCCGAGCCUCGGGGGCUCCUAGCAACGGGCCGGGGCGGGAGUUCCAUGGAGACUGGGGAGCGCGCUCGCCUCAUCAUCAUCCUUGUCCUCCAGCUUAUCCUUCGCGUCCGACGUAACCGGCAGCAGCGCUGCCGCCGCGUUCUCUGCCGCCGCCCCCUCUUCCCACGGAUGUGAUCUUCGUGGUGGGAAGCUAAGUUUUUAAACUACCCCAAUGGAUGCAGACAGUGAUGUUGCAUUGGACAUUCUAAUUACAAAUGUAGUCUGUGUUUUUAGAACAAGAUGCCAUUUGAACUUAAGGAAGAUUGCUUUGGAAGGAGCAAAUGUAAUUUAUAAACGUGAUGUUGGAAAAGUAUUAAUGAAGCUUAGAAAACCUAGAAUUACAGCUACAAUUUGGUCCUCAGGAAAAAUUAUUUGCACUGGAGCAACAAGUGAAGAAGAAGCUAAAUUUGGUGCCAGACGUUUAGCUCGCAGCCUGCAGAAAUUAGGUUUUCAGGUAAUAUUUACAGAUUUUAAGGUCGUUAACGUUUUGGCAGUGUGUAACAUGCCGUUUGAAAUUCGUUUGCCAGAAUUCACAAAGAACAAUAGACCUCAUGCCAGUUAUGAACCUGAACUUCAUCCUGCUGUGUGCUAUCGGAUAAAAUCUCUAAGAGCUACAUUACAGAUUUUUUCAACAGGGAGUAUCACAGUAACAGGGCCCAACGUAAAGGCUGUUGCUACCGCUGUGGAACAGAUCUACCCAUUUGUGUUUGAAAGCAGGAAAGAAAUUUUAUAAUCCAUCACUCAACUGGUUAGAACCUAACUGAGCACCUUUUAAAACCUGCCGCACAUUGGACUCAAAACAAAAGGAAAACUGGACCAACAGUAAUUGAGGAUAUAGACUCUUAUAUUCAUUCAUGGCUGCAGUGUGAGCUCCAGGCCCUUUGGGUUUUAUUUCAGACCUUGCUGUAAUAUAAAAAGGAAGUUUACAAGACAUGACAUUGCUGCUUUUACAAAAGGACAUUCUAUUUAUUUUCGCAGUAAUUCUCAUGUCCCCGUAAGCAGAGCUGUCACAGUGUGCACUACCUUAAACUGUUUCGUUAGUGUCAUUAUUUUUUCCCAGUUUGAGCUAAUGUGUUUUAUUUGUGAAUAGUCUUUUACAUUUUUGUAUGCUGAAUAUGGGCACCAAAGAACCUGUAAAAGUUAUCUUUUUCAAUUGAAUGUGCACAAAUAAAAGUUUGCAAAA